CAACUCAACUCUUUAAAACACAUUGGUUUCAACACACAUAUAAUCAAUCAAUCAAUCCUAUUCAACUACUCCCUCACAUAACACACUUCCCACCAAACCGUCCCAACUACUCCCUUCCUCAUUCAACAUCAUGUCUUCCCAAAGCACUGCCCAAUACUUCCCCAAGAUCUAUUCCCUCACCUCUGUUGAUCAUGCUCGCUCCGUCUACGACGAGUGGGCAAAGACCUACAAUGAGGAAAUCACUGGCAAGGGUCAAGACUAUGUCGGCCCUGCCAUUGCUGCUGCCCAUGUUCCCCAAGCCCUAGGAACUCCCACCAUCAGCCCUGACGUCGAGAUUCUCGACGCUGGCUGUGGUACUGGCCUCGUCGGUAUUUUCCUCGCUCGUCUUGGCGCAAAGAAGCUUGACGGUGUCGACCUGAGUCCUGGAAUGCUCGACGAGGCCCGCAACACUGGAGCAUACCGCAACCUGGACGUGACAGACUUGUCUCGUCCCUUGUCCGCAAAGAAUGACUCUUAUGAUGUCGUGACGUGUGUUGGCACUCUUACGCAGUCUCACGUUGGUCCCGAGGCUCUCAGUGAAUUCGUGCGUGUCGUGAAGCCUGGCGGCUACAUCGUGGCCACUGUCAUCCGUGAGAUCUGGCAGACCGGAGGCUACGAGAGCCACGUGAAGGCCCUUGCCGAGCAGAACAAGGUCAAGGUCUUGUCCGCUGAAGUUCAGGAUUACCGAAGGGGAGCCGGAGCCCAAGCUUACUACCUCGUCCUGCAAGUGUCUGCGUGAGUGACUCGCUGACGGUGACGCUGAUGGUGACUCUGAUGAUGAUCAUGACGACGACGAUGAUGAUACGUGUGGCUGGCCUCGGUUUCUUUUACCUCUUUUUGAAAAAAAAAAAAAAAAAAAAAGCAGAAACAGCACAGGAAAACCUCCCCCCUUUGCACCUGAGUCUACUGGAGAGGAAUAUAUCGACACUGCCACGAGAGGUUGCCUCUGCUCGAGAGACAUUUCCCUGGCAAACCAACAGCAAUAAUGAUAAUUCUGUGAACCACGACUGAGAGCGUUUGUGAUAUGGAUUUCGUUUUGACACAUGGCCCUUGCCUUGAGCUACCUCGAUUGAAUCUCAUAGUAUCUACAGCUACAUUCCUUUGCCCACACAUGCAAGAUAAAUAAAAGUAAAACAUGUCUGUGCCCUGAAGUUU